AUGGAGAGAGGUCAGGCGAGAGAUGGCGGGGAGGGGGCCGCAGGGCGGGAGCCAGAUGGCGGGCUGAGGCUGAGGAGGAAGAGGGGCCUGUGCGCCGUGCCGCUGAUCACCGGCUGCACGAUCGGCUCAGGCAUCUUCAUGUCGCCACAGGGGGUCUUGAUCCACACAGGCAGCCCCGGAGCCAGCCUAGUGGUCUGGGCCGCCUGUGGCCUCCUGGUCAUGCUGGGUGCCCUGUGCUACGCUGAGCUGGGGACCCUGGUUCCUGAAUCCGGAGGGGAGUACACCUACAUCCUGCGAAACUUUGGCCCCCUGCCAGCCUUCCUGGUCAUCUACUCGUUCGUGCUGGUGGGCCGACCAGCCACCAUCACCGCUGUCUCGCUCAGCUUCGCGGAGAACGUUGCGGCUCCCUUUUAUCCCGGCUGCUCCUCGCUGCCCCAGGCCGUGGUCAAGGGGAUGGCAGCCGCCUGCAUCCUGCUUCUGAUGCUGGUCAACUGCAGGAGCACACAGCUGGGCACCGCGCUGAUGAACAUAUGCAUGGCCGCCAAAGCGUUGUCCUUGCUGGUCAUCGUGGGGGACGGGGCUGUGGUGCUGGGCCAGGGCCGUGGCCGCACAGAAGGCCUUCUGUCCGCCUUCCACAACACGACGCUGUGGGCCGGGCACAUCGGCAUGGCCUUCUACCAGGCUCUGUGGUCCUUUGACGACUGGAACAGUCUCAAUUAAGUGAUGGAGGAGCUCAAGAGUCCAGACAUGAGUCCACGGUCAAGCUCUGUGGGAACGCCUGAUCCCGCUGAGCCCCACGCUGCUCACCUCCUCCUGGGGACCCGAGAACCAAGCGCCCGCAACACGUGCCUCUCUCCACCUGCUGCAGAAGCUGGCGUGGGCGUUGAUGAUCUCCAUCCCGAGGUCACCGGCCUGUACCUCCUGGUCAACAUCAGCUACAUGCUCGCGCUGGCACCCACUGAGAUCCUGUCCUCAGACACCAUGGCUGUGAGCUGGGGGAACCAGGUUCUGGGAGCCUGGGCCUGGCUGGUGCCCUUGGCUGUUGCACUCUCGACGUUCGGCUCAGCCAACGGGACGUUCUUCAGCGGAAGUCGUGUGUGCUGCGUGGCUGCCAGAGAGGGCCACUUGCCGCAGAUCCUGGCCAUGGUGCACUCGCGUCGCCUCACGCCUGUGCCAGCCCGGUUCACCGCGGCGCUGGCGCUGGUCCUGGUCAUCCAAGGCAACUUCAGCACCAUCAUAAACUUCUUGAGUCUCCUUGGCUGGCUCACCUACAGCACCGCCAUCAGCUGUCUCCUGUACUUGCGGAUGAAGAAGGAUGUUCCCCGACCUUACAAGGUCCCCACCAUCAUCCCUGUCGUGACGCUCCUCGCUUUUGCCUAUCUGGUGCUGGCACCCAUCAUCGACCGCCCCAAGAUGGAAUUCCUGUACCUCGUCCUGUUCCUGCUGAGCGGCUUCCUGGUCUACUUCCUGUUUGCCUACUGCCAUUGCCAGCCCAGGUGCCUGCAGGUGGCCACCCUGCAUCUCCAGCUGCUCCUGGAAGUUGCUCCCAGCACUAAAAAUGUUGAUUGAGGGCCGGAGAGGUUCUCUGCAGCUUCUCUGCUGUCCUAUGCCCC